AUGGACUUCAGGCCAUCAACUAAUUGGGCCAACUCUGAACAGUACUGGAAUCCCACCAAAGACUAUGACGGCCACUACAUGAAUUCCACACAUGACACUGCGGGCCAGUACACGAAUCCCACCAAUGAGGAUAUACAGCAGUAUCAGAGUACAUGCGACUAUGGUCUAUACACGAAUACCACCAACGAACAGGAUGGCCUGUACAUGAAUCCCACCGAAGACAACUUUGGGCAGUACCUGGAUUACGACAGUACCGGUUGGUUUACUAAUUCAGCAAAUAAUACCGACUCUUAUGUGAAUCCCACUGAUGAUGCUCUUAGUCGUCACGAGUAUCCCACUGCUGACACUCAAAGUGAAAACGUGAAUCCCACCUAUGAACCCUCAAGCCGGUACGGGCAUCACACAGCUGACACUACCAACCUGUACGGGAAUUCUACCGUUGACUCAGCCAACCGGUUUGUGAAUACCACCAAUGAACACACUGCAAGCAGGUUCGUGAAUCCCACCAAUGAACACACUGCAAGCAGGUUCGUGAAUCCCACCAAUGAACACACUGCAAGCAGGUUCGUGAAUCCCACCAAUGAACACACUGCAAGCAGGUUCGUGAAUCCCACCAAUGAACACACUGCAAGCAGGUUCGUGAAUCCCACCAAUGAACACACUGCAAGCAGGUUCGUGAAUCCCACCAACGGCCCUACAAGCAAGUACGUGAAUCCCACCAAUAAACAACCAACUAGCUUGUUCGUAAAUGCAACCAACGAUCUGGCGAGCCGGUCCUUCAAACUCACCAACGACCCAGCGAGCCAUUUCGUGAAUCCAACCAAAGACCCUGCAAAUCUGUACGCAAAACCCACAAUUGAACAACAUGCAAGCCGGUUCUUGAAUCCCACCAAUGAUCAUAAAAACCUGUACGUGAAUCCUACAAAUGACCCAACAAGCCAUUUUAUGAAUCCCACUAAGGACCCAUUAAACCGGUAUGUGAAUCCCACCAAUUACUCUGCUAACAGGGACGUGAAUGCAACAAAUGAACGACCUGCAAAUCGGUUCCUGAAUCCCACCAAUGAGCAACAAAGACAUUUCUUGAAUUCCAACAAUAACUCUGCAAAUCUGUUCGCGAAACCCACAAAUGAACAGCCUGCAAGUCGGGUCUUGAAUGACUCUAAUAACCGGUUCUUGAACCCCACCAAUGACUUACCAAGUCGGUACGUGAACCCCACUGACUCUGCUAACCGGUUCCUGAAUCCCACCAAUGACUCUUCUAACCGGUUCCUGAACCCCACCAAUGACUCUGCUAACCGGUUCCUGAACCCCACCAAUGACUCUGCUAACCGGUUCGUGAACCCCACCAAUGACUCUGCUAACCGGUUCGUGAACCCCACCGAGUCUGCUAACCGGUUCGUGAACCCCACCAAUGACUCCGCUAACCGGUUCCUGAACCCCUCCAAUGACUCCGCUAACCGGUUCCUGAACCCCUCCAAUGACUCUGCUAACCGGUUACUGGACCCCACCAAUGACACAGAAAGCCGUUAUGCUAUUCCCAAUAGCAAUCUUCUUGACCAAUACAGCAGUACCUCCAUCGACCAUGUAGAACGAAACCAACGUUCAACUCAAGAUUUACACAACACAGUCAAAGCUGCUACUCAAAAUUCGCCCCUGGGAACCAUUGCCAGCUCCAUCGAAGAUCUAGUAACCAAUAGGAUAAACGAGCAUAAGGUGCAGAUGCAGAUCGAGCUGAGAGCAGACAUGUACCGGGAACUGAGUCAGAUGUUCAGCAUCGUGCAGGACAUUCACGGCCAGCACAUCCUCACCAUGGAAAAACUCAAGGACAGUCUGGACGUUCAGUUGAAGAGCAUGAGCCGCUACCUCCACAAAGAGGUGCAGGUGAUCAACGAGGGCAUCGAGCGAGCUCUCAAUAGCCUUGUCGACAACUUCAUCAACACUUACCACGUCAAAAGCUCCACAACAAACAGUAGAGAGGUUGUCUACAAUCACCAAACGACAGACUCUACUGAGGUUGUCGCUGAGCAGGUGACCAUACACAGAACAUGGAACGACCCGACAGAGACAGCUUCCUCACACACUCGGGACUUUGAUUCCAGUUUGACGGAGUCACGUCGGGCUGUCUCAUCAUGCACAGAGACAGAUUCUUCUGGGCAGGGUGGUUGUGGUGCUAUACUUGAUCAGAGGAAAGAUCCUUUCUUGAAUUAUUUUGUACCAGCUUCUAUACAUCAAAGUGAGGAAGCUCAUACGCUUAAUGCCGAAUCUAUGAAUGAUGGUCCUAAAUUGCCAGUAGGCGAUGUUGAAGAGGGCACAUCUGCUUAUGAAACAAAUAAUCCCUCAGGAAAAGAAUUUGAGGUAUGCAAAGGUAACGCAUACAAGGCUAACUCUGUCUAUAGCCCUGAAGCAUCCUCCAACCAUAAAUCUAAAGCCCUGUCAAUCGAUAAACCUAAAACAGUUUUUUACGAUAACUUUGAAGCUCCUAACAAUGAACCUGAAGCCACUUCUGAUGCAUCUGAAGCCACUACUAAUGAUGCAUCUGAAUCCACUUCUAAUGACGAAUCUGAAUCCACUUCUAAUGACGAAUCUGAAGCCACGUCUAACUAUGAAUCUGAAACCACUUCUAACGAUGAAUCUGAAGCCAUCUCUAACGAUGAAUCUGAAACCACUUCUAGCUAUGAAUGUGAAGCUCCCUCUAACCAUGAAUGUGAAGCUCCCUCUAACCAUGAAUGUGAAGCUCCCUCUAUCCAUGAAUGUGAAGCUGCCUCUAUCCAUGAAUGUGAAGCUGCCUCUAUCCAUGAAUGUGAAGCUGCCUCUAUCCAUGAAUGUGAAGCUGACUCUAUCCAUGAAUGUGAAGCUGCCUCUAUCCAUGAAUGUGAAGCUGCCUCUAUCCAUGAAUGUGAAGCUGCCUCUAUCCAUGAAUGUGAAGCUGCCUCUAUCCAUGAAUGUGAAGCUCUUUCUGUCAAUGAAUGUGAAGCUCCCUCUGUCAAUGAAUGUGAAGCUCCCUCUGUCAAUGAAUGUGAAGCUCCCUCUGUCAAUGAAUGUGAAGCACGUCCUCAGGAUGAACCUGAGGCGCCCUCUGGAGCUGAGCUCGAGGCGCCCUCUGGAGCUGAGCCCGAGGCGCCCUCUGGAGCUGAGCCCGAGGCGCCCUCUGGAGCUGAGCCCGAGGCGCCCUCUGGAGCUGAGCCCGAGGCGCCCUCUGGAGCUGAGCCCGAGGCGCCCUCUGGAGCUGAGCCCGAGGCGCCCUCUGGAGCUGAGCCCGAGGCGCCCUCUGGAGCUGACACUAAACCACCCAUCGCCGACGCUCUAAGAAAUUUCAUCAAUGAAAAUUCAGAAUUCAUUAUAACUGAUGACGUCGACGAUUCAGUAGCUGACGUCAUGAAGGCUAUCAACGAGGCUGUAGCCAUCUUCACAUCUGUGCUGACCACAAUCACGGAGGCCGAAGCCUCAAUGACUGACACAGCGAUGGAUUCCGAGGACGGCGUCAGGGACCUGUUGAGCAGUGGCGUGACUUCCUUGGCUGAUAGGGUGGCAGCUUCGGCCUCUAGGUUCGCAGCAGGCAUCGUUGGUGCUUCAAAGACUGGCGUUACGGUACCGGAUUUGUCGGAGCGUGACCAUAUUAAAACUCCUGCACCUUCAGCGUCUGUCCAUGACAGACCUGAAACACCUGUACUAGACAACAUUGACACUAAAGGUCUGUUCCCCGGUAACAUUGAUUCACCGGAUAUGGAUGAUAUAGAUGAUGUUGCACUGGAAAAUAUAGAUGCCGCAAAUCUUGACAUAGAAUCAAACAUAGUUGCGUCAGGAAUUGGCGGUCUUGUUGCCUCAGACAAAAACAGAAUAGAUUCACGAACCACGGACAGAAUCGCUUGCAGUAUUGUUGCCUCGGACAAUGACACAAAGGUUGCAUCUGCCAGUGGAAAUAAGGUAGCCUACAACAGUGAUAAGAUUAGCUCCAACACUGACAAGGUUGCCGCUGCCACUGAUAAGGUUGCCACUGCCACUGAUAAGGUUGCCACUGCCACUGAUAAGGUUGCCACUGCCACUGAUAAGGUUGCCAAUGGCACUGAUAAGGUUGCCACUGGCACUGAUAAGAAGGUCGCCACUGGCACUGAUAAGAUUGCCACUGACAAGAUUGCCACUGACAAGAUUGCCACUGACAAGAUUGCCACUGACAAGAAGACUGCCACUGCCACUGAUAAGAAGACUGCCACUGCCACGAAGAUUGACUUUGGCAUUGACAAGACUGCCACUAACAAGACUGCUACUGACAAUGACAAGAAGACUGCCAUAGACAUUACCAAGAACACUCUCACUGACAAGGUCACUGUCAAGAAGACUGCCACUGACAAUAAAACUGUCAUUGCCACUGACUAUAAAACUGUCACUGCCACUGACAAGACUAGCACUAACAAGACUGCUACUGACACUGACUGGAAGACUGCCACUGCCAAGACUGCCACUGCCAAGACUGCCACUGCCACUGCCACUGACAAGACUGCCACUGCCACUGACAAGACUGCCACUGCCAAGACUGCCACUGCCACUGCCACGACUGCCACUGCCACUGCCAAGACUGCAUCUGCCACGACUGCCACUGACACCGCCACGACUGCCACUGCAACUGACAAGACUGCUACUGCCGCUGACAAGACUGCUACUGCCGCUGACAAGACUGUCACUGCCGCUGACAAGACUGUCACUGCCGCUGACAAGACUGCCACUGCCGCUGACAAGACUGCCACUGCCACUGCCAAGACUGCCACUGCCACUGCCACGACUGCCACUGCCACGACUGCCACUGCCACGACUGCCACUGCCACUGACAAGACUGCCACUGCCACUGACAAGACUACCACUGCCACUGACAAGACUGUCACUGCCACUGACAAGACCGCCACUGCCACUGACAAGACUGCCACUGCCACUGACAAGACUGCCACUGCCACUGACAAGACUGCCACUGCCACUGACAAGACUGCCAAUGCCACUGACAAGACUGCCACUGCCACUGACAAGACUGCCACUGACAAGACUGCCACUGCCACUGACAAGACUGCCACUGCCACUGACAAGACUGCCACUGCCACUGACAAGACUGCCACCGCCACUGACAAGACUGCCACUGCCACUGACAAGACUGCCACUGCCACUGACAAGACUGCCUCAGACCAAAUUGAUUCCACAGCUGGUGCAAUGAAGGAUCCUACUGAGGCCAGCAUUGAUGAAACUGGGGUAAACAAUGUUGACCCAGGCCAGAUGAACCCCCACACAUUAGUGGAGGAUGUUGUCACAGCAACAGGAAACAUGGAUCUAGAAGAAUGUGAGUUUAUAGACGUUGAAUCGAUAUCUGACGAAAUCGGAGCUGAUGAAAACUCGGCACCAGAUGAGGAAACAAGGGCCGAUGAUCCAGUGGCCAGUGCCUAUUCUAGGCUGAGCGAAUGUUGCUCCAUGAUAUACGAGCUACACGCUUCACUUGAAGCUAACGGCCAAGUACCAAAACUUCAGCUCCCAAACAUAUCACAUGGAAAUUUUCCCAGAGAUACCAUUGCUGCUAGCUCAUGCGCAUUGGCAACUGUGGUCAACAGAUUCUAUGGCUGCCCUUUGAAAACUCCAGUCAGCAAUCAAACUGUUACAAUUCCUGGUGCUACUAAUGCUAAAGUUCAACCCGCGUUGCGAGAAAAAAGAAGAAAAGGAAAGAAAUCUCGAGGCAAGAAAACUGCAAUGUCACAGAAAUCAGAAGCAAUCAAUACAACUCCUUCAGAUCAGGCUGAAACCACACCCACCGAACAGUCUCGUAUGUCAUACGCUGCCAUCGUGGCCAGAACGGAGGAGAAAAAUUCACCACCAUCAAAAGAAGAGGCGGACAAUUCAGCCAAGCAUGAUCGCCCUGUUCUGACUGUGUUGCGCAAAACUAAGAAAAGCUCCAAGGCUACACCAGAUACGGGAAUAUCUGCGGCUGACAAGACUAUACCAGAGAUGGAAAUAUCUGCAUCCGACGAGACUACCAUCUCAACACCAGCAGGACAACCAACUCUUCAGGCUGAGAAAAUCAAAUUCCGCAUAUCCAAGUCUUCAGACUUCGGCAGCUCAAUGAAAGAAUACCGCUCCGGCUACUUCUACACGCAGCCAGUCCGAGUCAAAGCUAGACUGUGCAUCAGCUUCUCUCCUGCAGGAUGUCUAGAGGUACACGCGCUGUUGACGGCAGACUCCGGCACUUCCUGGCCGCUGCAGGUUUCAGGGGAGGGCGAGAUCUUCAACCCGGGGUCGGGGCGGUUCACCCAACUCUGGGAGCUGAAACCGCAGCGCUGCCAGAAGCCAAAACCCGGCACCGAGGCAGUCUUUAAGGCUGAGGUUGCUCUGGUGACCAGUAGAGGUACCCACGACAUGGUGACCUACUCCACGCUCCGGGCCAAAAACUACGAGCUCAAUGACCAGAUUUUCUUCAGGUGUAGCCUGACGGCAGUCGACAAACUUUAACGUGAGGUGGCAGUCGACAAACUUUAACGUGAGGUGGCAGUCGACAAACUUUAACGUGAGGUGGCAGUCGACAAACUUUAACGUGAGGUGCAUGCAGUCGACAAACUUUAACGUGAGGUGCAGCCUGACAACAGUCGACAAACUUUAACGUGAGGUGGCAGUCGACAAACUUUAACGUGAGGUGGCAGUCGACAAACUUUAACGUGAGGUGGCAGUCGACAAACUUUAACGUGAGGUGGCAGUCGACAAACUUUAACGUGAGGUGGCAGUCGACAAACUUUAACGUGAGGUGGCAGUCGACAAACUUUAACGUGAGGUGGCAGUCGACAAACUUUAACGUGAGGUGGCAGU